UCUUGUCACUAACUCCUAUAAACGUACCAUCCAGCAAAAACUUAUCAUAUCCUUCAAAUCAAAGGACCAUUUUUGCUCUCUGCCAUGGCAGGUUCUAAUCAAACCCCAUACUAUACUCCAACCUCCAAACCCCAUACACACCCUUUUUCUUCUUGGAAAAAACUCAAUCUUUAUUAUUCUUUAGCUGCCAUCACUUUCCUUUGUUGUGCUUGUUACUACGCUGGUUACUUGCAACACAGCACCAUCUUGACUACCUCAAAAAUCACCUCAUCUUCAUCUAAAACCACUAAUUGCUUCACUUCUCAAAACACUACUUCCCAUGUUUCAUCUUCACAAUUGGAUUUCAGUACUCACCACGCUGCGGGCGAUAACGGAGCUGUGGGGCCGGAUGACACCGUUAAAAUCUACCCGCCGUGUGACGUGAAGUAUAGUGAGUAUACUCCCUGUGAAGACCAUCAAAGGUCAUUAAAGUUCAACAGGGACAGGUUGAUAUACAGAGAAAGACAUUGUCCUGAAAAGAGUGAAUUCUUGAAAUGUCGUAUACCGGCACCAUAUGGUUACAAGAACCCGUUUAAGUGGCCAUUGAGUAGGGAUCUUGUGUGGUAUGCUAAUGUGCCACAUAAAGAAUUGACGGUGGAGAAAGCUGUUCAGAACUGGAUUCGAUACGAAGGUGACCGGUUCAGAUUUCCUGGUGGUGGUACUAUGUUUCCUAAUGGUGCUGAUGCGUAUAUUGAUGAUAUUGGAGAGUUGAUUAAUUUAAAAGAUGGUUCGAUUAGGACCGCCAUUGAUACAGGCUGUGGGGUGGCUAGUUGGGGAGCUUAUCUUUUGUCAAGGAAUAUCCUUGCCAUGUCAUUUGCACCUAGAGAUACACACGAAGGGCAGAUUCAAUUUUCUCUCGAGCGUGGAGUUCCUGCUCUGAUUGGUGUUAUUGCCUCCAAGAGACUUCCUUAUCCAUCUAGAGCUUUCGACAUGGCACAUUGCUCUCGCUGCCUCAUUCCUUGGGGCGAAUAUGAUGGUACGUACUUAAUCGAGGUUGACAGAAUCCUGAGGCCUGGUGGAUAUUGGAUCCUGUCCGGUCCACCAAUCCACUGGAGGAAAUACUGGAAAGGCUGGGAUAGGACCAAAGAAGACCUAAAUGCUGAACAAACUAAAAUUGAGCAAGUGGCUAGGAGUCUUUGCUGGAAAAAGAUUGUUGAGAAAGAUGACAUUGCAAUAUGGCAGAAGCCAUACAAUCAUUUACGCUGCAAAGAACUGCGAAAGGAGUCAAAAAAUCCGCCUUUGUGCCCUGCCCAAGAUCCUGAUAGAGCCUGGUACACAGAAAUUGAAACUUGUUUAACUUCCCUGCCUGAAGUUUCAAGUGAAGAAAAGGUAGCUGGUGGACAGUUGGAAAAAUGGCCUAAAAGAUUACACGCGAUACCACCAAGGAUUAGCAGAGGAAGUGUAAAUGGGGUCACGGUGGACACUUUAAAAAAGGAUUCACAACUAUGGAAACGAAGAGUUUCGUACUACAAGACAGUGAAUAAUCAACUUGGCCAACCAGGGAGAUACCGAAAUUUAUUGGAUAUGAAUGCCUACUUAGGUGGUUUUGCUGCCAAUUUGAUUGAUGAUCCUGUUUGGGUCAUGAAUAUAGUUCCUGCUGAGGCCAAAAUCAACACACUUGGUGUUAUUUAUGAACGAGGAUUAAUUGGAACAUAUCAGAGCUGGUGUGAGGCCAUGUCAACUUACCCAAGGACAUAUGAUCUUAUUCAUGCUGACUCUGUAUUUACUCUCUAUAAAGACAGAUGUGAAAUGGAGGAUAUAUUACUUGAAAUGGAUAGAAUAUUAAGGCCAGAAGGAAGUGUAAUAAUCAGAGAUGAUGUAGAUACAUUGAUCAAAAUAAAAAGGAUAGCAGAUGGGCUGAACUGGGAUAGCCAGAUUGUGGAUCAUGAAGAUGGGCCAUUGGAGAGGGAAAAGCUUCUGUUUGCAGUGAAGUCAUAUUGGACAGCUCCAUCUACCUAAGAAUCUAAAGUUCCUUAAUUUUUUUUUUUUUUUUUUGCUUUUAUAUUCCCAUUCUCUGUCUUGUUCAUCUUUUUCUUCACUUGUUUCUCUUUACUUAACAACUGUGAUAUAUUAAGCUCACAUGAUUCUUUAGCUAUUUCAAUCUCUGUGAAAACGACAAGUAUUAAACAGAAUGAGAUGAAUGCAGUGAAGUUUCUUUAGAGUA